AUGGUGAAGACUGUGCGUGAGGUUGUCAGACCAGAAGAAUCCUCAGAAGAAGAAUCUUCAGAACAUUCUUCAGAUGACGAAGACUCUGCGCAUGAGGUUGUCAGAUCAGCAGAAACGUCAGAACAUAAAACACGAUCUCCUCCAACAGUCGCCCCGCUCCGGAGAAGCUUAAGAAUAAAGAGGCCCGCCCAUGAGUACUGUUCAUAUCUAUCUAUCUAUCUAUCUAUCUAUCUAUCUAUCUAUCUAUCUAUCUAUCUAGAUUCAGUUAAGUACGUUUUUAAUAUCUAUCUAUCUAUCUAUCUAUCUAUCUAUCUAUCUAUCUAUCUAUCUAUCUAUCUAUCUAUCUAUCUAUCUAUCUAUCUAAUGUUCAUAUCUAUCUAUCUAUCUAUCUAUCUAUCUAUCUAUCUAUCUCUAUAUCUCAGACUGUUCAUACCUAUCUAUCUUUAUUUAUCUCAGGCUGUUCAUCACUCUCUCUCUCUUUCUCUAUCAAUCUCUUUCCAUCUACAGAAAAUCUAUCUAUCUAUCUAUCUAUCUAUCUAUCUAUCUAUCUAUCUAUCUAUCUAUCUAUCUAUUACAGUCUGUAAAAAUCUAUCUAUCUAUCUAUCUAUUACAGUCUGUAAAAAUCUAUCUAUCUAUCUAUCUAUCUAUCUAUCUAUCACAGUCUGUAAAAUCUAUCUAUCUAUCACAGUCUGUAAAAAUCUAUCUAUCUCUCUACUAUCUAUCUAUCUAUCUAUCUAUCUAUCUAUCUUCAUUAUCUCUUUAUAUAUAUCUAUCACUGUUAAAAUUUAUCUAUCUAUCUAUCUAUCUAUCUUCAUUAUCUCUUUAUAUAUAUAUCUAUCACUGUUAAAAUUUAUCUAUCUAUCUAUCUAUCUAUCUAUCUAUCUAUCUUCAUUAUCUCUUUAA